AUGGACUCCGAUACAAGCAGAGUGUCCAGUCGGCCGUCCUCUCCGGAAGGAGAUGAUCUGUUCCUGUCUGCCGUGAAGAAAUCGGCGGGUUUCUCGGGCGCAGUUUCGUCUACGCAGAGUGACUCACCCCCGGAGCUGAGCGCGGACAUGCGCGGCCUUUCGAGCGGCGACGAGAACGCACUCGGUUUAAAGAUGUUCUCCAAGAAAGACCGCAAGCUGCUGUCUGAGAGUGAGCUACAGAGCAUCCGCCUGAAGAUCAACAGCCGCGAGCGCAAACGUAUGCACGACCUGAACAUCGCCAUGGACGGCCUGCGCGAGGUCAUGCCUUACGCGCACGGGCCCUCGGUGCGCAAACUCUCCAAGAUCGCCACGCUGCUGCUGGCGCGCAACUACAUCCUCAUGCUUAGUAACUCGCUCGAAGAGAUGAAGCGCCUCGUCAGCGAGAUCUACGGGGGUGGAGGUGGAGGGGGCAGCGGUGCCCACCACACAACAUUCCACCCGUCUGCCUGCGGCACUCUGGCGCACGCCACAACUCCACUGGCCAGCCAUGCAGCUGCUGCUGCUGCUGCCUCCGCUGGAUCCCAUCCGGUUCACCACGCACUGCUCCCGCCAACCGUGUCCAGCGCAGCCGCUUCUCUACCAGCGCCAGGCCUUUCAGCCGUGGCCUCAGUCAGACCGCAUCACGGACUCUUGAAGGCCCCGGCGGCCGGGGUGAGCCCCCUCACCUCGGGCUUCCAGCACUGGGGUGCGAGCAUGCCGUGCCCGUGCAGCAUGUGUCAAGUCCCCGCGCCUCACGUGCCCGCCAUGAGCUCGGUCAGCAUGCCGCGCCUGACCAGCGACUCCAAGUGA